CUUAACGCAUCAUGAGAUGUUAUCGUGAGAUGUGGACGGUAUACGUGUGAUUCCAUCUUUCUGCUGGCAUCGUACCCAACAGAGAUUGCGCGUAUCUCGGAUGAAGUGUGAUAUCUGAUAAAUGCUUCUGUGAUAAUAGUGCGAUCUAGAAGUGGUGCUCAUAAAAUUGGACGACGCUGGUUAUGGGAUCAAAUCCAACAUGAAGCCAUCAGAAAAGAACAAAGUCACUUUUGCAGUUGGAGCGAUAGCUGCAACGGCUGCUAUGGGAUACAUGUUAUCCAGGCUGUGGAGAAGGCCAGCCGUGAAGUGCUGCAUUUCCAGGGCCAAGCUCGCUGUUCUGCCAUAUUUCCAGUAUGGGAGGAAGCGCUUCACAACCCCGCCAGUUGCUGUCAAGGGAGCUCCCCAGGGGAACAUUUCAGUAACUCCCUCAGAGUAUCCGGAGGUGAGGCGGGGUGACACGGUGGAGUCUCUGCAUGGCGUGCAGAUCACAGACCCCUACCGCUGGCUUGAAGACCCUGACUCACCCGAAACUGUUGCAUUUGUGGAGGCACAAAAUAAGCUGACAGACAGCAUCUUGAAGAAGUGUGCCAGCCGUGAAAAGUUUAAGAAGCUGCUGACGCAAUUGUACAACUACCCCCGCUUCUCAUGCCCCUUCAAGCGGGGAUCCAGGUACUACUACACGCACAACUCGGGGCUGCAGGCGCAGAAUGUGAUCUACACCCAGGCACACCUGCAAGCUGAGCCCAAAGUGUUCCUGGACCCCAACAAAUUCUCUGCCGAUGGCACCGUUGCCCUGGACAGCUUUACCUUCAGCGAGGAUGGCAACCUUGUGGCCUACAGCACUGGCAGUGGCGGGUCGGACUGGCGCAAGAUAGAGCUGAUGCAUGUCAAUGCUUCUACGGGCGAGGGCAAGAAGCUGGAUGAUCUGCUGGAGUUUGUCAAGUUCUCCUCCAUUGCGUGGACCCAUGACAACAAGGGCUUCUUCUACAACAGAUACAAGCCGCCCAGCAAGUCUGCCAAGCUCGGCACAGAGACAGACACAAACGUGGACCAGCAGCUCUGGUACCAUGUUGUGGGGACACCUCAGGCGGAUGACAAAUUUGUGUACGCUGUACCCGAGCACCCAGACUGGUUCAUUUCUGCUGAGGUCACCGAUGAUGGCAGGUAUCUGCUGCUGUCCAUGUCAGCCGGAUGCGAGCCCACAAAUCGGCUUGCUCCUGUGGGCGUGCGGCCGCUGCCACUGACAAAGCUGGUGGAUGACUUUGCGGCGCAGUGGGAGUAUGUAGCCAAUGAGGGCACCAGCUUCACCUUCAAGACCAACCUGUCUGCCCCACGAUACAGGUCAGCUGCCGCACCCAAUAUGACUACUCUUGCGCCAGGGGAACCUCACACCUGGCCAGACGUAAUCCCCCAGCACGAGAAGGACCUUCUGCAGUGGGCUUCCGCGCUAAAGGGGGACGUGCUGGCGAUGUGCUGGCUGCACGAUGUGGCGUCAGUGCUGCAGCUGCGCUCUCUGACCAGCGGCGAGCUUCUGAAGUCCAUCGCCCUGCCUGGCCUGGGCAGCGUGAGGUCCUUCUCUGGCCGGAGAAGCCAGUCAGAGAUGUUCUACAGCUACAGUGACUUCACAGACCCUGGCCUCUUAAAGCUGCUGGACACAGCUAAUGCAAUACUUGAACCAGAGCUCUUCCGGAAGACGGAGCUUAAUGUGAAGGAGGACCUCACAAAGCUAGAAACAAAGCAGGUGUUUGUGGAGAGCAAGGAUGGCACAAAGGUGCCCGUGUUCAUUGUGGGGAGAAAGGGCCUGCAGCUGGACGGCUCCAAUCCCACCCUUCUGUAUGGCUAUGGAGGGUUCAACAUCAGCUUGGAGCCAGGUUUUAGCGUCACACGUCUCUGCUGGAUGCUAGCAUAUGGCGGAGUGUACGCGGUAGCAAAUCUCAGGGGCGGCGGGGAGUAUGGCAUCAAGUGGCGUGAGGCUGGGUCGCUGCACAACAAGCAGAACGUGUUCGAUGACUUCAUUGCAUGUGCCGAGCACCUCAUCGGUACGGGGUACACCAGCCCUGCAAAAUUGGUGACACAGGGUGGCAGCAAUGGCGGUCUUCUGGUGGCAGCCUGUGCUAACCAGAGGCCGGACCUGUAUGGGGCGGUGAUAGGGCAGGUGGGCGUGAUGGACAUGCUGCGAUUCCACAAGUUCACCAUCGGUCACGCCUGGGUCAGCGACUACGGGUCACCUGACAGCCCAGCCAACUUCCCCUACCUGCUCGCUUACUCACCCUUGCACAACGUGCGCAUUCCCCUGGAGGAGCCGCGCCAGUACCCGGCCAUGCUUCUCACCACAGGGGAUCAUGAUGAUCGCGUGGUUCCUCUGCACACCCAUAAGCUGCUGGCCACGCUGCAGCACUGUGCUGCCACUGAGGAGGGCAGCGGUCAGCAGAACCCACUCCUUGCCAGGGUGGAGGUGAGGGCAGGCCACGGCGCAGGCAAGCCCACAGAAAAGAUCAUCGAGGAGGCAGCUGAUAUCUAUGCCUUCGCGGCGGAGGUUAUUGGCGCUAAGUGGGUGGACACGUGACAGGUCCCUGGUCAUGUGAGCCAAGUAUAGCACUUUCUUGAGUCUUACUGCGUUUACCUGAGGAAUUCUGUACAUUUCUUGGGGGCUUUUGGUAAAUGAGAUCUGAAAGCAAUAGCAUUCCAUGACACAGGAGCACCAAAGUAAACUUCAUAUAUAUAUAUGCUGGUUGAAACGGUGGAGGGUUGUUAUUCCCCCGAAAGGUGCACUUAGACUGCCGGGCUUUCUCGAAACAGUCUUCAUCUCAUCUUCAAAGUUUUACAAUGAGUUAGUGACUCUUUUUCUCGAACGUGACAAAUUGGGCUGUCCUGCCUUGGAUCGGGGAGCAUGAUCGAGUCUACUAUACUGGCGUGCAAGAGCUGCAAGUCGAUAACGGCUUUGAUACGACCACACUGCAGAAAGUAUAUUUUUAUUCGAAUCGAUAC